AUGGCUAAUACCACCAACUCCAAGUUAAAUAAGGGUAGGGCUCUACUAGAGAAGAUGGGAUGGCAGCCAGGUAGCGGUCUAGGCCGGCAGGAACAAGGGAUGAAGGCUCCACUUCAUGUUAAACAAAAAGCGGGUACACAUGCAACGAUAGAGCCCUUAAGGGUCAACCGUACAGCAGCGGCCCAACAACAACAAUCUGGUCAUAAUACCUCACAAGGAGGGCAGAGUAGCAUGGGGACGUCUAUCGCUGAGGCAGCUGCUGCUGCAGUAAAGCUGGCCCAGCAGGGUGGGGUCGAGCAUCAUGCUGCAUCCAAGGCGAGUGCCGUGCCCACGAUGGAUAACCCCUUUGGUGAUCCCUUCCAACCUCGUGAUGUCCUCGAGGAGCGUCCAGCAGCAAUAGAUAUCACGACGAAGCCGGUCGGUAUCAAGAACCUUGGGAGUACUUGUUUUGUGACCUGUGUUCUGCAAUGUAUGCUGUCUAUUGCUGAGUUCACCUGUCUAGCAUCCCAGAUGAAGAGAGGUGUGAAGCAUUAUCAACAGAAGCAUCAUCGUAACCACCACCACCAUCAUCAUGAUGAUGAUGUGGAUAAGCAGCAGCAGCAGCAGAAUACGGCGCAUAAUACUGUGAAGGAAAAGAAGGAAAACGCUCCGUCCAAUCAUGGAUACUACGAGGUUGCCGCAGCUAUGGUGGACCUCUUUAGUAAGUGUCAAGUCAAUGUUGAGGACUUGUCCACUGAUAGCAAGCCAGCGGUUAAUCCAGUAAGGCUCUUGUCUGCAUUGAAGAGGAAAUACCCCAAGAACCCCCUCUUCAUGGACCUUGCAGAAGAACAGGACUGUCAUGAGUUCCUCUCAUUACUGUUGGAUGCUCUACAUGGAUGUACCCAUGAUAGUGUAACAACACCGGAUCCCCGGGCGGGCGGCACUAACACUGGCAAGGAUCGUGGUCGUUUGGAUGAUCAUAAUCAGUGCCCUCCACCGUCAUCGGUCCGAUGGCGAGAGUAUCGAUCUCGGAACCCAUCCCUCAUCACUGAUAUGUUCAGUGGUAUGUUCCGAUCUAGAUUCAUGUGCCAUUCUUGUGGACAUGUUACUAGAGUGUAUGAGCCCAUUAUGGACCUAUCAUUACCUGUACCCGUUGAGGUUGGACCGGAGAUGCGAACAAGUGCUGGAUGCUCUGCCGCCUUCAGGCCGUCUGCUAGUGCACCGGAUUCGCUAUCCUUACAAGGGAAAGGGAGUACUUCGAAUAAUGGAACGGUCAGUCUGAAAAGCCUUAUAGCUAAUUACUUCGUUGAUGAGGAGCUCACUGACUUCUCUUGCGAUAAAUGCCACUGUAAAUCGACUAAGGCCACCAAGUCCACUAAGGUUACGGCUAGUCCUGACAUACUGGUCAUCCACCUCAGGCGCUUUACUGCUCAGGGACGUAAGAUAAAUACAGCAGUUUCCUUCCCAAUGGAAUGUGCAAAACUGGUCGAUCGAGCUACAACUUCGUCAACAUCGGCAGCAGCACACCCUUGUUUAGAGGGUUCUUGUAGCUUCCAGCCCUACUUAGACGGUUCAUACAGGCUCCUCGGCCUAUGUGUACAUGUAGGGACACAUCUGGGCACGGGACACUAUAUAUCAUACGUGAGACGGAAGGCGUCCGGAGGGGGAGCUAGAUGGUGGAGAUGUGAUGAUGAGAAGAUCUCACUCAUCGAUCCAGACAAAGUUCUGGCCAAGCAGUCACAGGUGUAUUGCCUUUUCUUCCAGAAAUGCAGUGGACCCUCGAACCUACCAGUACCUCACAGCGGGUAUAGCCUGUCAAAUUACGUAUCACCGAGGCCGAUGUCCACAAGAUAG